CUCUUGGCGUCUGUGCUGUCGCGUAGGAGACAAAGUCGGAGGAGGUGAACGAACCUCUCGAAGGUGCCACUAGCAGAGAAAUUGUUUUCCUCUUCUCCAAGAUGUACAGAACCAAAGUGGGCUUGAAGGACCGCCAGCAGCUUUACAAGUUGAUCAUUAGCCAGCUGCUCUACGAUGGCUUCAUCAGCAUUGCUAAUGGCCUCAUCAAUGAAAUCAAGCCUCAGUCUGUUUGUGCACCCUCAGAGCAGCUCCUGCAUCUCAUCAAACUAGGAAUGGAAAACGAUGAUACUGCAGUUCAGUAUGCAAUUGGUCGUUCAGAUACAGUUGCCCCAGGCACGGGCAUUGACCUGGAAUUCGAUGCAGAUGUCCAGACCAUGUCCCCAGAGGCUUCAGAGUAUGAAACCUGCUAUGUCACAUCUCAUAAAGGACCAUGCCGAGUAGCUACCUAUAGUAGAGAUGGGCAGCUAAUAGCUACUGGGUCUGCUGAUGCCUCCAUAAAGAUACUCGACACAGAAAGGAUGUUGGCUAAAAGUGCCAUGCCAAUAGAGGUUAUGAUGAAUGAGACUGCACAACAGAAUAUGGAAAACCACCCAGUGAUCCGGACUCUUUAUGACCACGUGGACGAAGUCACAUGUCUUGCUUUCCACCCAACGGAACAGAUCCUUGCCUCUGGUUCAAGGGAUUACACUCUUAAGUUAUUUGAUUAUUCUAAACCAUCUGCAAAAAGAGCCUUCAAGUACAUUCAGGAAGCUGAAAUGUUACGCUCCAUCUCUUUUCACCCUUCUGGAGACUUUAUACUUGUGGGGACUCAGCAUCCUACUCUUCGGCUUUAUGAUAUCAACACAUUUCAAUGUUUUGUCUCUUGCAAUCCUCAAGAUCAACACACCGAUGCCAUAUGUUCUGUUAAUUACAACCCUAGUGCCAACAUGUAUGUGACUGGUAGCAAGGACGGCUGCAUCAAGUUGUGGGAUGGUGUCUCGAAUCGGUGCAUCACAACUUUCGAGAAAGCACACGACGGUGCUGAAGUUUGUUCUGCCAUCUUUUCCAAAAAUUCUAAAUACAUUCUUUCAAGUGGAAAAGACUCUGUAGCUAAACUUUGGGAAAUAUCAACAGGACGAACGCUGGUCAGAUAUACAGGUGCUGGCUUGAGCGGGCGGCAGGUGCACCGGACACAGGCUGUCUUCAACCAUACAGAGGACUACGUGCUGCUGCCAGACGAGAGGACCAUCAGCCUGUGCUGCUGGGACUCACGCACAGCUGAGCGCCGAAACCUGCUGUCCCUGGGCCACAACAACAUCGUGCGCUGCAUCGUGCACUCGCCCACCAACCCCGGCUUCAUGACCUGCAGCGAUGACUUCAGGGCCAGGUUCUGGUACCGGAGGUCAACCACAGACUAGAGCCCCCUGCCUUAAAUAGGGUUCUUUUCUAGAGGACCUUGCCCCUCCCUCCCCUCUGUCCCGUCAACCAGCCUCAGUAGAAAGUCAUGGUACCAUCUUUGGCAGUCGGGCUGCCAACUCUACAUCCUUCUUGGAUUUGUACAAAAGGGUCUUUUUUUACCUUGAUGUGGAAUCAUGGUGGAAAAAGUGGGAAACGCAGACCCCCUGCUCUGCACUCACUGAUUAUUACAGUGUGAUUUUCAUCGGUUUUGUAAAUACAGGACUUGCCAUUUCUCUGAACUUGAUCUUUUGAAGAAGGGUAGAGUAUUAAAGUGCUUUCCAGAUCUCGGGUGGAUCUGUCCUGAGGAAUUCUCAUUGGGCUCUUUUGUCAUCUUCUGUGCCUGUUCCACAUCUUCUCUGUGUUUUCCUUUCAAAAUGCCUUUUGACAGAUAAGUAGGCAUACCCUGAGAAUCGAGUUUCGUGCCCUAUUAAACCACUUUAGAGAAUCAGUUCUCUGAAAUGACGUCCUGAUAAUAAAGCUCAGACAUGCAACUUUACUGUUACACAUUUUCAGUUCAAUAACAUAACGGCCAGUUUUCCUGAGAUUUACAGGAGCAUCUUUCAUCAGACCUCCCACACUACCUUUCAUACCUGCAGUGUUCGUCUUCAGUAAAUGCAUUUCCCAUCAAAUGACUCCAUUUGAGGGGAAGCAUAGAUUUGGAGAUUAUAUCCAAUCUAAUUGGAAUUAGGUGGUCCAACCACUGCCCUCAGGUGUUGCUUGUCUUCAUGAAUGGUUAAUAUUGAUAGGCUUUGUUCUUAUGUAACUUUAAAUCUUAUUUUUCAGCCUGAACCUUAACUACUCAUCGUGGAUGCACAAGGCAACUGUGUUCUCAGAAGAUUUUUGCAAUUAACUGACUGAUACAAGUUUUCUUUUUUUUUUCUUUUUCUUUUUUAAUUUUUUUAGAGGGUGACAAUAUUUCUCUGGGUUGAGCUCUAGCUGGGUCAAAGAAACCAAACUCCCCUCACUAAGAUAUCUUUGGUUUAUAUUUAUCCCCAAAUACAAAUACCUCAUGAUCUGGGUGGGAGCACCUAACUAAAAAUAUAACCUGGGAAUAUUAGUUAAAAAGAAUGAAAUAGAGUAAUGUAAUUGUCUUAUGUUACAGGAAUUUUAAAAUCUGAUGUUUAUUGCAUAAAAAUUCUGCUUUAGUCAUCCUUAAGGAUUAUUUUAAUUCUUUAUAAAAUGAUUUUAAGCAUUCUUAACGAGUUAAAUCACAGUUUUUCAGAUUUACAAAGACCUAUAUUUUGUGCUGCAUAGUGAGUAAACUUAUUUUUAUUUUAUGUCCUGACUCCCUGGUAUUUGAACUAGGACAUCAAACGGUGCUGCUUUUGUAAGAUUAAAAGAGACCAGUUGACUAGGAACAAAGAUAACCAGUUCUACCAAAAAAUUACCGAACAUGGCUUCCCACUUAUUUUUCUGGCUUUUCUUUUGCUUCCAACCUGUGAAACUAAAGAAGAGGUUGGCGUUUCCACAUUGUUCUGCUCUGGCACACGCCCUGGGAUGCCCACUCUGCACUCCACAUGUAAGUCCUGCCGGAUCCUUUUAACUGUUCGUGAAUUAAAAUACUAAUACCCACUUUUUCCAGUUUUUGGAAUAGUCUCAGCAAUGGAUCUGUAGUUUCAGGACUUCUGUUUACAAGAUCAAGAUACUUUUGUGUGUUUCCAAAAUGAACUUUCUAACCUGAGUUUUUUUUCAUUUAAAAAUUACCUUAAUGUUUUGAACUGGUAUAAAUGCCAUGAGUAUUUCAUGAAUUUGGUAUCUGCACAUAAUUAAUUGUACCCCACCACCCUGGCAUUCAAAUGGUGAAUAAUACCCAGUCAGGAUAAGAAUUUAAAACUAUGUUAUUUUUUAAAGAUAUGUGAUUUCUAAAAUAAACUUUUUGUAUAUAA